AUGCUUCGCCAAUUCACAAGACUGGGCUCGUCGCGCCCGCAAGCAGCCUUUGCGCCCAUGCUGCGGUCGCGCCUCAACCCUCUUCUCUACAGCGGCAGGGUCGUCGCCCACGCAGCCUCGAGACCGUCCAACUCCUCCACGCUCAUCGGGCAGCACAUGCUAUAUUCCAUUUGGCCAAAGCCCCCCAUGGCAAACGUCGACUGGUCUCUGAAGCACGACAAGGUCGCCGCGGAUAACGGCAAAUGGGGCUUCGUCAUCUUUCGCACCGCGUAUGGCGGCGACUCGGACCAAAAGUUUGCGCGUCUCCUUGAAGCCUUGGGUAAAAAGGCAAAGGAGUCCCUUGAGAGGUACGAACGGAUGGACCUGGCUCCGCUAAUGGAGUUUUUCGUCGUUGAGGACCGCGCGAAUCUCGAGUCGGUGACGACGUACGAGGUGCGGGAGCAGUUUGCGCAGUGGGCGGUCGACCGGGGCGUCGUGCUCAGUAACCCCCUCGACAGGCUGGCGGGUGGCUAUGGAACUCCCGCGGGCGGCGGCAACAUGCGCUACGAGUUUUGUCUGCUGGCAGACUGGCGCUCGCUCAAUUCGACGAUGGCGACGCCAAGGCCCGAGACUUACAACACCGACUUGGUCCCGUUUAUUGGUGUUGUGCAGAUGGGAUACAUAUCUGAGGAGCAGGAGCUCGGCUUGCGCAAUGAUUGGGACGAGGACGGCAACGUGGAAUGCGAACAAGUGGCCAUUGAGGGAAAUACGGAGGACAAUGUCGGCUGGUACUAUCUGCCGCUGGCCGACGUCGUGGGGGACUACGACAACAUUUACAUGCUCGAAGGCGGGACGGAACGUGCCCGACCGCCCAUGAUACAAAACAGGGAGUUUUGGCCGUCGGAUGAUGAGGAGCCCUGGAAAGGAGACGUGGCCGAGGGCCAUUGGAAAGGGGCCCAGUAUCAGAUCGAUAGGUGGGCGCGAGGGGAGAAACGGGAGAGAACGGGAAGUUGGCCGAGCGCUUAG